AUGCGCACUGCUGGUGCCUGCAGCUGCAGUCUCGUUAUUGCAGAUAACGAUCGGAUAAGAAUGAUGAAGAUCAAGCUUCAUAAUGAUCUUAUAUCAAACUACGGACCUACAACCAUCCCACCUUACACUGAUAAUUCACCAUCUGUCAACGUCAAAAUGCGUAUGCUCGUCGACCACAUCGUACAAUUCGAUGAACCCAAUCAACAAGUAACACUCUACUCUGCUAUUAAAAUGAUAUGGCGAGAUGAUCAUCUAUCGUGGAAUAGGAGUGACUAUCCCGAUGUCACAUUCCUAGAGGUGGAUGUUGAUAAAAUUUGGAGUCCAACUGUUACAUUGUUGACGAGCAACAGUCCUGAUUUCUUAAGUCUGAAUCAUCGUCAAGUAGAAAUAUCUUCUGACGGAACCGUUUCGUGGCUUUCACCGGCAGUCAUUACCAGCACCUGUCUGUUCGACGUUACACUGUUUCCUUUCGACGUCCAGAAAUGUGUCUUUGAAUUCGGACCCUGGGCAAGUCCUCAUAACGAAGAGGAUCUUGACUUCUUUUUUGAGCGGAACGAGACAACCAUCGAUCGCUAUCGCGAAAACGGCGUUUGGGAGAUCGUCAAAGACACGGUUAAAAAAGAAUACGUCAGCUACAGCUCGCACGAGGAACCCUUUGCCGAGAUACAUUACCACAUCACAUUCAGGAGGAAAUCAAAGGUCUACGUCUUGGGUAUUGUUAUCCCGUCCGUGUUACUCUCUUUGUCCACCAUGAUAAUAUUUUUACUGCCCCCAGAGUCUGGGGAGAAGAUCUCAUUUGGUAUCACCAAUCUUCUAGCUAUGGUCCUUUUCCAGGAAACUGUCCGAUCUGCCAUGCCACCGACAGGUUCUCCCAUCCUAGCUAAUUACAUCUGUGUGAUGGUGAUUAUCGCGUGUACAUCGAUAAUAAUCGAAGCGAUUGUCCUGAGGAUGUACAACGUUGGCAACGCAAGAGACUUACCAAGAUGGGUCGAACGUGCGUUCCUUCGAAAAUCGCAGACAGUAUCAACAACAGAUCCAGUACCCAAUGGACCUAUCGUCAUCCACCCUGAUGAUGAGCACGGGAAACAUCUUUGUGAUUACGACGACAGACAUCAAAGUUCUAACACCGACGAUAGAAUGGACAAUGCAGAAUUAUGGAAGAUGGUGGCAUUAUCACUUGAAACGAAAGCAGCGUUCGUUAUACUCUGUGGGAUUGCUGGGAAUAUUGCCUUCACUUCUCUACAUGUAACCAUACUACACGCUACUAAAUGAUUAAGCACAUUCUAACUGGCAAAUUUAAGAUUAAUAUAAUUAGCUGAAAUCAAUAUUUUAGUUGUAGAUUUCAUAAUGGAUUUUAAAAAAAAUGAUUGUGGUAUCACCAGUUCCUUCAUUUGCACACCCCUUUCACACUAUAAAUUAUGUGGAUUUAAAAUACAUUGACAUGAACUGUA